AAACUCGGAAUCAUUUUCGGUACUCAUCGUACUCAUUCCAACACCCUAGGUAUAUUCAAAUACAUUCAACAAAUCAUUUCUACAUACCCUACCAUUCAACCUGAUCCUAUUUUUCUAGGUGAAUCCCUUGGACAUCCACUUCCACUUCUUAUCGAUCAAAUGCCAGCUUCUAUCCCACUAGCUUCAUGUCCUGAAGCAUACACUUUACCUGAAAUCAGAGCUUGGUCAAACACAGUCUUAGGUUGGGACGGGAUACUUAUCGUUGCUCCACAAUACAAUAGAGGUCCACCUGCCGUAUUGAAAAACGCUUUCGAUCAAUUAUAUUCCGAAUGGGAAGGUGUUCCUAUAGGUUUGGUAUCUUGUGGUAGUAGAGGAGGAAAUAGGAUGCAGAUUGUUUUAGAGGAAAUGUUGGGAGAUGGAUUGAAAAUGGAUUUAGUAGGUAUGGUAGGGGUUAAAAUUCCGAAAGAAUCGAUUUUGGGGGAUGAAAAAGUUAAAGGGGAUGAAGAUUGGGUUAAAGGUUAUGAAGGGGAUUUGAAAGGACUUUUGAAUGAGUUAGAAGGGAAGAUGAAGAAGAGAUUUCAGAAGAAGAAGAUUGAU